UGCGGCCUGGACGGCUCCAACGCCCCGACGUGUGGCCGGGUCGGAACCGCGGAACCACGAGCCCCGGGAGCAGCAUGUGGCGCUGCGGGGGGGCCAUGGACACGGUGCCGGGACGGGCCCGGCGCGCUCCCUCCCGUUACGCGGUACCGGCCGCCCCGCAGCUCCGUGGGCCGGGCCGUGCUGUGCGCAGCCGCGGAGGCUGAGGGCGGUGCGGCCCCGCCCGGCCGAGUCCCGCGGAGCUGCCGCCUCUCCCCGCCCUGUGCCCGGCCACAACAGGGACGGACCGCGGCGGGGCACAGCGGGACCGCAGCUCCCACCUGGGAAACUGGCUCAAGGAGUUGCUAUGAAGUGUCCUGGACCUCCAGAGAGCUCAAGGCUUGUCUGCUUCCUGGAAAAUGCCUUAGUCAGAGAGGCCAGGAUUUGGAAAGCACCGGUUUUCCAGAACCUUACCCUGAAGGGUACAGAUAUCUCUCCCUUGUGCUAUGAGAAAACGAUUCUCUGGAUCGCAGAAAUAAGCUCUCAGUUCCAAUUUCACUCUGAAACUUUUGCUUUAUCUAUCAGCAUCCUCAACCGGCUGUUGGCAUCAGUAAAGGCCCGAUUAAAAUAUCUGCAGUGCAUAGCAAUUUCCUGCCUUGUCCUUGCAGCAAAAACCAAUGAGGAAGAUGAGGUAAUACCAUCGGUGAAGACGCUUGCAGAGCAGAGCGGCUGUAAAUGCUCUCCAGCUGAGAUCUUGAGAAUGGAAAGAACUAUACUAGAUAAGCUUCACUGGGAUCUUUACACAGCAACACCAAUGGAUUUCUUAAGCAUUUUCCAUGCCAUGGUGAUGUCCAACUGGCCCCAUCUACUAAACGGGCUGCCUCAGACGAAUCCUUCCCGCCACGUUGCACUCUUGACCAAACAGCUACAGCACUGUAUGGCUUGCCACCAACUAGUGCAGUUUAAGGGCUCCACAUUGGCUUUGGUGAUCAUCACCUUAGAGCUGGAGAGGCAGACUCCUGAUUGGUUUCCUGUCAUUACUGAUCUGCUAAAAAAAGCACAGAUUACUAGCACUGAAUUCAAGCACUGCAAAGAGCUUGUGGAUCAAGAGCUAAUGCACUUGCAGCCAUCCAACGCCAUUUAUAUUUUUUGUCCCAUCAGUCAAGCCACCCAUGGUGAUGCUGAGGCAAAGUUUCCCUGCCAUUACCCUUCUGAAUUUAAGAGUUCUCAUCAAGUGAGGCUGCAGGUCGCUGUAAGCCAGCCAGUUUCAGCAGCUGUCACAUCUGCUACAGCCCAAAUUCCUGAAGGCACCAUGGAGACAGAUGAAUACUACGAUGGAUUGAGAUACCUGUACAGUGAGAACAGGGGAGCAGAUGGUAGGAGGGUGCACAGGGGUGGCUUAUGCCCUCAGCUGAAGUCUGGAGGAGGCAGCUCCCCAUGUCCUCCACUACAGCCACCUGGAAGUGAGUAGUGGAGACCAUCCUGCCUUAGAAAAGCAGUAUUUCAGUACUGGUAGGUUCCAGCAAACAGGACAGUGAACACAACAUAGCAAGAGUGCUGCUGUGUUUUUUUUUUUUGAGGACAAUGACAAAAUGGUGUUAUUUUCCUAUGGUUUGUUUUUUUUAAGUAGUUUGCUCCACUUUUAACACCAUGUAAAUACAGGAAGCUGGGGAGGGACUCAGUCACAAUCCUACAACUCAGGGAUCAGCGUGGCAGAAGGCUAAGAGCUGUGCCACAGAGCACCAAAUGUCUCCACUUAUUAGUCCUCAGAUGGGAGGGUUUAUUUGAUUUAAUAGUGAAAAGGCCAUAAGCCAAACCAUCUAGUUUUUGUUAAGGCCCUACCAUGGAUCUGAUUCUGGGUAAGCAACCAAAGACUCAUUCCAGGUUCCUACAAGCUGUGGGAAACUGCUUCUUGUCUGCAGUCAGCGCUGCCUUAGGCCCUCACUGACCAGUGUGGGCCACUCAAGGUGCUGUUUAUUCUGCCUUAACUGACUGGACAAUACAAAAUGCCUUCAGUUAUUUUCUCACCACUCUGAUAAUAGUUUUUAUUAGCUGCUAAUCUCCGAGGAAAAGCAGUUUUACAAACUGCACAGGCCAGUUUAAGCCUCUGUUGCACCUUUAAAACCAGCCUUAAGCUUGGAAAUAUGUGAGAAUUAUUUUUUGCUAUUUGUUUUAAGCAGUAGGGCCACCAUUUUCAGGUGAUCGCUGUAUUAGUUUGAAAGUACAACCCAGACAGUACUGUAUGAAUAGCAAUACCAUACCUGCAAGUCCUGCCACGGAACAGGGAAAGUCUUCAGGUAGAGCAGCACAGGCUAAAUGCUGAGCAGGUGUCUUAGUUAAUGAUACAGGAUAGACAAACAGGGGACAGGGAUAAGACAGGAGCAGGGAAAUCCUUAUGCUGCUUUACAGCUGCAUUCUUCAGUGCAGGAACAAAGUUUCUUUCCCUUGCUCCUCAUCUUACCUUGUAGGAGAGGGAUUCCUGAACCACAAGCAUUGCAGGAGUGAUGUCCUGAGCAGCUCUGUUAACAAAUAAAGCUUUCCAAAGUUUUAUGUUUGAAUUUUGCCAGUUAGCACUAGGAAAUGAAUAAACUGUGUGUGCAGGGUGAAAGUCAAGUUUUCCUUCUAAACUGCAAGAAAAGCAGAGCAUAAACGUUCUAGAAAUAAAUAUCUAGUGUUGGAGAUGUGGUGCAAGCGAUGUAUGAGCAGCUGGCACUCAAAUCAGUGUUGAAAGCAAAGGAGAUCCCACGAGGCGAGUUGCAGGUAUUGCUGAUGGAGUGCUGAGCUGCAGGGGGAGCAUGGCCCUGUGCAGCUCACAGGAGGGCUCAGCUCAGCUGUGUAGCCCAGACAGAGUUUACAAGGUGUCUCAUGGGCAGACCCAGAGGCACUCUUAGGAUGCAUCAUUUAUUAAACCUACCUAUGGGCCAUAGGGAAGGUUUUCUUUUUGUGGCAGGGCUCUUCCCUCUGGCACUGCCACCUUCCUUUUCUAUCACAAGCUGUGAUAUGCCUGACUGUGGAAGGAGGCAACUUGUCCUUUGUAGUUAUUCCCAAUAAAAUACAGUUUCAAUCUCA